AUGCGAUAUCUACUCGUCUACCCUCAAUUGCGCACUGCGAUACCCCGUUUGACUCAACGUCGCCUGCAAAUUCAGUUAUGGGCCCGAUACAAAUCUCAUCUUACCCAACCACGACCCUCACAACAACAUGAACGUACGACAGCUGAAGCCAAAAAACCUGCGACAAUAGCCCGCACACCUACGCCGACAACCACACCUUCGAAGACGGUUUUGCGAAGAGGUACCGGUCACACAAUAUGGAGGCCACCGGAGCGCAUUUUGGUCUACUAUGGAGGAACCGGCCGAGCCAUGUUCUUGGGAAUACUGCGAGUAACCACCAUUCUUCUCUUCGGCGCAGCCUGCCUUGUCAUCGCACCAAUCUAUGAUACGGCCGAGAAUGAGUGGUAUAUGAAACCACUCGUCAUUGCCGGUGGAGCAUUGCCGAUGAUAUUUGUCGCAUACACUUCUGCGCCCUAUGUGAACUUUAUCCAUCUCGCUCUUCCUUCAAUUGCCAGAAAAUCCCGAGAAGCAGCCCUUCUCUACAUCAAGGAUCUCCCGCCUACGGCUACUCUAUACAUUAACACCAUGCGCUUCAACACGAUACCGCGCCAGACCAAAGUCAUGCUUGGAGAUUUAAUAGCGGAGAGGGAUCCUCUCCGUCCAGUCGCUUUCCGGAAUUUGAAACCACUCCCGAAGCCCUGGUGGAUGGGUCGACCUACAACUCAGUUUUUUACUGCGGCUAACAGUCAUCCAGGGCGGCAAUCUAUGGCUUUUUACCCUGAAGCUUGGCCGGACAUUUAUAAGCGGAUUCAGUUGAAUGCUCAAAAGUAG